AGUCUAGCAUGAGACAGCCAAGGGUGAGCACCCAAGUUUUCACACAAUAAAGGUGCUGAAGGGGAGCAAGUACUCCGGGGACAACACCGACCCAGGGGGACAGAAGUGGACCACCAUGUUCAAAACCAGUUACCUGCGCGAGGUGCGCAAGGAGAAGUAUGAGCGAUCAGAUGUCUUUGACGAGGAAGCUGAAGACUCCGAAUCCUCUGCAGGCAUCUCAGCCAUCCAGGGCUGGGAGAACCUCCAGGAGCUCAACAGCCGCUUCGCCCGGUACAUCAACAGGGCACGAGUCCUGGAGCAGCGCAACGCCGUCUUCCGCAAGCAGCUGGAAACGCUGCAGCGGAUGGAGGAGGCCAGCGGCCUCGAGGAGGCCUUCACAGAGCAGAUUGAGGUCAACAGGCAGCGAAUUCGAGAGCUGUUCUCUGACCGUGCCAAACUGGAGCGAGAGCUGAGGGAGGCCUGCCGCAUGCUGGACGAAUUCACCAGCAAAUAUAGAAAUGAGUGUGACUAUCAGGAGCAGCUUCGUGGCACGCUGGAGCACUUAAACAAGGAUGCUGACAGCGCUCUACUGAGAAACCUGGAGUACCAGAUCCAGUCCCAGUUCCUGCAGGACGACAUCAGCUCCACCAGAGACAGACACAAAAAGAAUCUUGCAGAGAUCCAAACCUAUGUGAACAUUUUGCAACAGAUCAACCAGACGCUUCCUCUUGUUCCCAAUGUGUCAGUAGGCAUCUCCGAGGAGCAGGAGAAGCUGCUGGCCCAAAGGAAAGUGCCUGGGCUGCAGAGCCAGCUGGAGGAAUACAAGAGCGCCCUCUGUCAGCUGCAGGCCCAGAAACAACGCCUGCAGACUGAGACUGCAAUGUUGGAGCAAGCCAUCAAAAACACACAGGACAACUAUGACGAUGAGAUCCAAAUGUACAACGAACAAAUUGAAUCCCUGCGGAAGGAGAUCGAGGAAGCGGAGAGGUCCCUGGAAAAAUUCACUAGUGAAUGUCGCCACCUGGCCAUGUACCAGACGUCUCUUGAAAACGAGCUGGAGCGGUACAAGAGGAUCAUUGAGAAUGAAGACAACAGGUUGAAUUCAGCAAUAAUUGGCACUCCCAUUACCCUGUUUACCACUAAUUACCGCUACACUCACACACCCACUGCAACAAGCAGGGGGAGAGAUAUCACCCAGGCUAUUCAGGACAUUACCAGCAUCAAACCCAGACAGAAGAUUCUGGCCAAGAAGGUCCUGAAAAAGAAGGAGCUCACCCCACGAGACGUGAUCGAUAGUGGUCAGGAGGAAAGAGGCGGCGGAGCUGGAGUGGAGGGUCAAGAGGACGACACAAAGGGAGCCCAUGCUGAGGAGGUCCAGGAUGAGAGGAUAAAGAGAAGCGAGCAGAGACCUCUCCUCACUGGAGUGUCCCCACAGGAUGUUCCAGAUGGAGCUCAGAUUAGCAAAGCUUUUGACACUCUUUGUAACAUCGUCAGAGACAGAAUGAGGAAGUACAAAAAGCCCGAGCCCAUCGCCGACUUCUACACCAAGGGCCGCUACGUCCUUGUCACUGGCGAUGGCAGCUACCUGGACCCCUGCUUCUACACCUCCACGCCAUCGGCAGGGCGCAUCUUUGUCACCAUCAGAGAUGGAAUGAUGUCUCCUUAUGAGCCUUACAGGCCUGUCAUACCGUCUCCCGCACCCCCACAGCCCAUUAUCGACCCCAGACCUCUCAAUCCAACACUGCCCUCCAACGGAGGAGGAGGAAAGGACGAUAAGGGAGGAAAAGGUAAGGACAACGGAGGUAAAGGUAAGCAUAACAAUGGAGAUCCUCGCUCCCGUGCAAAAGAUCCAAGUCCGGACCGUCUUCCCUCUGGCCCGGGCCCAAACCCCAAAGAUCCCACCCCAGCUGUGGGUCCAUUCAAAAAGCAGAGGGAUGACAUCGGCCCCAGUGGACCCACUCCGAAGCCCGCGACUCGUGGCGCCAGCACCAGCUCCAGUUCCAGCUCCAGCACCAGCACCAGCACCAGUUCCAGCAGCUACACCCCAGACGCUUUGACCUACGAGAAGGUGGAGGUGGUGGAGUCGGUGGAGAAGUUCUCCAAUGGCCGCAAAGUUAAAGGUUAUGAGGAAACUUCCAUGGUGGUGGAGACCAUGAUUGAGAAGUCCAGCAAGAAGAAACACUGAAGCUGCAUCACCUGAUGGUCCAGGGACUUGGUCCAGUUCCUCCAAUCAGGACACAGUGCUGACGUUGGUAUCAAAGUACACAAAAACCUUUGUUAUAGAGGAAACCAACAACACAUUAAGACAGACUCCACAUUCCUGCUCUGACAUCCAGUGCUCUUCCAUUUGCUUGCAGUCUCUGGUCUUGCGUCCAGAAAACAUUUUGCUGACUCCAAAAGUGCUCCUGUUGUUGUUCAGCUUCAAUCCACGCUCAUGCUGCAGGUCCUUUACUGUCUGAAAACUUGGGACAAUGAGAAACAAAGCUGUAUGCCACCAAUAAAAGUUUGAAAAUUAAA